AUGAAGGGCACACCAAUGGGUUCACCGAUUUCGGGAUUCAUCGCCGAGGCGGUCCUGAAACGGUUAGAGUCGCUGGUCUUCCAGCACCACAGACCGAAAUUCUGGGCCCCGUAUGUGGAUGAUACCUUCGUCGUCAUCGAACGGGAUCAGGUGUUGACAUUCCAAGAGCAUCUCAACGCCGUCUUCCCGGACAUUCAAUUUACGAUGGAGGAGGAAGAGAACAACCAGCUGGCCUUCCUGGAUGUCCUCGUAUGCCGCAAAGAUUGUGGUGAACUAAAAACCAAAGUGUUCAGGAAAGCGACAAAUACGAUGCAAGUACUGAACUUCAACAGUAACCAGCCAAUCAGCCACAAACGCAGUUGUGUAAGGACGCUCUAUCGGCAUGUCGAAACGCAUUGCAUUGAGCCGGAAAACAAAAUUGCUGAACUACAAUACCUCCGACGGGUCUUCAAAGCCAAUGGCUACCCGCGCAACUUCGUCGACCGGUGCAUACGCAAAAGGGACGAAAGGCCUAACCGCACGGACACCAAAUCUUGGCGGGCACUUCCGUAUGUCAAGAACAUUUCGGAAGCUUCCGGCCGCCUUCUCGCACCACUUGGGGUUGGAGUGGCACACAGACCGGAGGCAACCAUCAGGCGUCUGGUCAUAAAACCGAAAGACCCACUGCCACGGCUAGAAACGUCUGGAGUCGUUUAUCGGAUCUGGUGCAGUUGCGGACAAAGCAACUACGUCGGAAAAACCGGAAGACAGCUCCGAACGAGAAUGGCCGAACACGCGGCAGCGGUGCGGAGAAAUGACGCCAGCUCUCAAGUUGCGGCUCAUUCGACGAGAUCCGGCCACACAUUCAAAUUCGAUGAGGCCGAAAUUCUCGCAAGAGGUGACAACCGCGUGAGCCGGGAGCUACUGGAAUCAUGGUUUACUGGCCCCCAGUCCAUCGACAAGUGCAACGAUCUUCCGACUCCAUACUCCGUGCUAAAACUUCGCCUAGGCGGAGUAACAAGCCAUGCGGGGAGCGCAGAGGUGAACACGUUUCCCAACACCGGAAUCGGUGCGUCAGAUGGUCGAGCAAUCAUUACGCCAACAUCCAACGCACGUGAUGAAAUUGCAGCAAUUAUCGACUCGAAUGUCGGCCAUCAAGCAAUGAUCACACCAAGUACGACGAUCCCGGAUGAAGGGGAUAGCCGUGAAUGUUCAUAG